CAAAGCUUUUUGCACCACAGCAUGAAUCAUUACUCCAGCAGCACCUACCCAGAGGACAGGACAGAGAAUCCUCCCUCCUUUCUACACAACGACACAUACAACUCCUCCUCCCCUCAGUCAAGUGGUGGAUCCCUUAUGUCUACGCUCCUACAGACAACCAUAGAGAGUAAAAGAACCCUGCAGGAGAGCACCACUGCAUACUACCCCCCAGACGCUCCCAUGUCCAGCUCUGCCGCCACGAAUCUUAACCAGGUGGACCACCACAGCAGCAGUACCACCAUGGCACCUCUGUCUCCAGCCAGCCAGGCAUCCACCGGGGCCACCAUGGCACCUCUGUCUCCAGCCAGCCAGGCAUCCACCGGGGCCAGUCCCACUAGAUUCAGACUCAAUGAGCCCGGGUUGACCCAGGACUGGAUGCUGGAGCUGGUUGACAGACACCGGGCGAAGCGUGCCAGAGUGGAGAACAUCAUCAGAGGCAUGGCAGGCUCUCCUCUCAGUGUUUAUUUCACAGGUGAAGGGUUUGGUGAAGGGGAGACCACUCCAACCAGUCACCUUCAGAGUGAGACGUUGGAAAACAAGCGGAAACAGAGGGUGCCACAGCACCAGGACGUCCCCGGGACAGGGGGCGUUAGCAGGAAGAGCACGGAGGAGGGGCAUACACUGAGGAAGCAGCUUCAGACCAUGCAGACGCUCCUGGGUCAACUCCAGGCCAGGUUCAUCCAGGUCUACGAGAAUCAAUCUGAAGAGGAGGACCACCAUAGUACUUGGAACAAAGAAUAUGUGGAGACAAAGACAUCUCCUGGUGAGGUGUUCUUGGACCCUUACAGUGAGUUUAACAAUAAGACGCCUUUAGAUAAAGGUCACCUGGGAUGGAUGAAUAACAAGCAAACUGACUACCUCCACUCAAACCCAGACAACGAAGACAAACUCCUAGCAGAUAUUCUCAAGUAUGAACUCUCCAGAGCUGUAAACUCGAGCGUUGACUCAAUUUUCAAAAACACAUCACAUACUUUCGUCAAGUCACCACAGCUACACGUCGAGGAUGGUGGAAUGGUGGAAACAGACGAUGAGACCGUGUUCCUCAGCUCUCGUGAGCCAGCGUCAACCCAUGUAGACAGCAUGUCACGACUCCCCUCAUGUUCCGAGAGUGGUAUGGCCCAACAACUACCAGAGAUUCAAACCGAGGCUCUAUCUCUGGUUGUUCAAAAGCCUGCUUCAAUGACUCGCCCAUGUUCUCUAAACCUAACAGUGAAAAGGCCUCUCCAUUUCCACCAGCCUCCAUUCCUAUACAACCACCCCACUGCUCUACAGGAAAACCACCAUGUACUGGACAACCUGAAACACAACAGCUCCCAUCACGAUACCUUCGGAGGGCUCCAGUGUAGACCCAGUACCAUGGGUCUGUCUACCCCAGAGAUAGAUGACUUACCGUGGGAUCCGGUCGUAGUGAGGUCCAAGGGGACCUCCAGGCCAUCCGGGAGUCCUCAGGCUCACCAACCCAUGGCCACGGGGCAUCAUGUGCUUCUGGACAGUCUCGGUCUCCCUCACAUCAAGAUGGACUGUGGUAGCUUUCAGAGUAUGGUGAAAAGGACCUCGUAUGUGCUGAAUGAAGGUCUGACCACACAGCACCUAAAGAAAGCCAAGCUGAUGUUCUUCUACACUCGCUACCCUAGUUCCAACGUACUCAAAACCUUUUUCUCCGAUGUCCAGCUCACUCGGUGCAUCACGUCCCAGCUGAUUAAAUGGUUCAGCAACUUCAGAGAGUUCUACUAUAUUCAGAUGGAGAAGUUUGCCCGUCAGGCCCGAGUGGAAGGGGUUAACAGUUGUGAAAGAUUUGUGCCUUUUUAUCCACAGGUCCCUGACAGGUUUCUUGAGGUGGCUGAGAUCACACUACAGGAGUUUUACAUAGCCAUCACUCUGGCCAGAGACUCAGACCCAUCCUGGAAGAAAGUCAUCUAUAAGGUCAUCUGUAAACUGGACAGUGACGUACCAGCUGAAUUCAAAGCCCCCUUCACAACAUAGAAAGAGACAGACAGAGAGGAGUUUAACCCAGGAUGAUUGGCGCUGUAUUAAAAAAACUAACUAUUUCGCUGCAUGUCCCACUGAAUUUAUGCAUCCGUCAAAAAGCUCACCUCACAACAUAGACCUUUUCGCAAUUUGAUUUCCACGAUUCCUCUCCUCCUUAAAAAGAAAAGAUGAGGGAAGAGGAAACUUGUAAACAAAUGCACGGGUAAGAAAAGACUCCUACAGUCAGAAAGGUGUGUUUAAAUCCUUUAUGUAUAAAUAUUUCCCCUCAUGGGACUUUCUUUGUGCCAGAGGCCUCUACUGAAUAUGUGUGUCACUAUCAAUGUUGACAGUUCUGGAUAAAAGCAUCUGCAAAAUACUAUAUUAACUGCAGUAGCCCUAAAGCUAAAUAGCAUAUUAACUGC